AAUUAAAAUUUGAUUGAAGCGAUUUGGGUUCUAUGUGGGGUUCUACGUUCUAUCCAAACAACCAAGAAACCCCCCUUCUUCUUCCUCAUCAGGGAGGUUCUUCAUUUUCUUCUACGGCUUUAACAACAUCCUCCACUUCUUCUGCUCCAAAAUCCACUCUUCUUUUUACUAAACCAUCCAAUUUACACGCAGGUUUCAAUGUUAUAUGCAGCAUCCUUCCAAAGUGUUUCCUUAUUUUCUAAUUCGAGUACUGCUCAUUACCAUUCUCCUUCCACAAAGCCUCUAGUCUCUACAAGGCUGUCCGUACGAGCUUCAUUGCCUGAUAGUGAUAAUAAUAAUGGCGUUAAAGUGGAGUAUACUCCUUGGCUUAUUGUUGGACUGGGUAACCCAGGAAACAAGUAUCAUGGGACUCGGCACAAUGUUGGUUUUGAAAUGAUUGAUAGCAUUGCUCAAGCGCAGGGAAUUUUGAUGAACACAAUACAAUCCAAAGCUCUAAUUGGAAUAGGUUCAAUUGGAGAAGUACCAAUUUUGUUGGCAAAGCCUCAGACUUACAUGAAUUUCUGUGGAGAAUCGGUUGGACCUCUUGCUGCACAUUACCAAAUACCUUUACGGCACAUCUUGUUGACAUACGAUGAAAUGAGCUUGCCAAAUGGCGUUCUUAGGCUGCAGCCAAAAGGAGGACAUGGCCAUCAUAAUGGGGUGAAGAGUGUAAUGGGACACCUGGAUGGUCGACGUGAGUUUCCUCGGCUAUGUAUUGGAAUUGGAAACCCACCUGGGACUAUGGACAUGAAAGCUUUUCUCCUGCAGAAGUUCAGUUCGGUUGAGCGAAAACAGAUCGAUGCAGCUCUUGAACAAGGGGUUGAGGCAGUGAGAACCCUUGCACUGAAUGGAUUUAGCCAAAGAGUAAACAGAUUCAAUUUGUCCCAGAAAUACAAGUAUCAUAAGGUUUGAUCAUCAGGAAAAGAAAGUUGUAGUUUUGAUCAUAUGAGUAAGUGAUAAUGAACUCUGAUAAAAAUGAAGUGUAGGACUGGAUAUAUAAUCAAGUUAAUUUUAUUUGAUCAUAUAUAAUACUUGUUAAGGUUCUAACAAGUAUUAUCUAA